AUGAAUAAAGUGAUAGAUAAACUAUCUUUGUUAAAGGGAGAUAGUUGGUUAUUUUUUGAAGUUACGAAACAGAAUCAUCGACAGAUUGCAAAAGUUCUUGGAAAGAAAGUAUCAGUUUUAGAAUAUUUACAACCAGCUGCAAAUAAACUAAUAUAUUGGGGUUCAAAUACUAACACUGAAAAUACGAAAAAUAUAAACUCUACAAAACGAGGCCGAUCACGAUCAUUGAGCGCAGAAGAAGAAUUCUUUAUGAUACUGGUUCGAAUUCGAUGUGGACUUUUGUUAGAAGAUAUGGCUGUUCGAUUUAAUAUGUCGACAAGUCACAUAAGCAGAAUAUUGAUUACAUGGACAGAUUUUUUACAUUCACAAUUCCGUAUGCUUCCAAUAUGGGCUUCAAAAGAAACAGUACAAAAUAGAAUGCCGAAAUGUUUUCAAAAAAGUUACCCAAAUACCCGUGUCAUAUUAGAUUGUACAGAAGUAUUUGUGGAAAUGCCUACGUCAUAUCGCACACAGUCCAGUACCUUUUCAAAUUACAAACACCAUAAUACAGCAAAAGGAUUAGUCGGAAUAGCUCCUGAUGGAUCAGUGACAUUUGUCUCUGAUUUGUAUGGUGGACGCUUUUCGGAUAAACGAAUAACAAAAGAUAGUGGUAUAUACGAUUUGCUAGAGCCUGGGGAUUCUGUGAUGGCUGAUAGAGGAUUUGAGCUCGAGGAAGAUUUACCUGAUGGAGUAACAUUAAAUAUUCCACCAUUUUUAGAUGGAAAACCUCAGCUAAGUUUAUUAGAGGAAAACGAAACUAGAAGAAUAGCAUCUGUACGUGUACAUGUCGAACGAGCAAUCGAACGUAUAAAAAAUUACCGAAUUUUACAAACAGUUUUCAAACUAUCAAUGGCUGCUGAACUCAAUAAGAUAUGGGUUAUUUGUUGUUAUUUAGUUAAUUUUUUACCACAGUUGGUACCAGAUGUAAAUACGAAUGACUAA